AUGUCUACUCACGAUACAAGCAUAACUUCUGAUGCAACUGGAAUCAAGUCAAAGCUUGACUGGACGUUUGAAGACUUUGAAAACCUCCUCUCAAGCAAAAAGCUUUUUGAACCAUCCAAUUCCAAGGCCUUUUUUCAACUCGUUGUUACUCUUGGACUUAUUAUUUGGGGUGUUGUGAGUGUUGUCAAGUUUGAUGAAUCUUCCUAUUGGUACUUGUUGAUGCCUCUCGCUUGGCUUUUUUUGGGAUUCUGUGCCUGUCGUUUAAUUGCUGUCGCUUAUGGAUGUUCCACCAAGCAAUUUUUCAAUUUAGGUACCAUUCCAGAAUGGAUGAAUGACUUGUUAGGGUUCAUUUGCAUGUUACCCUUGUUAUAUCCUUUUGAAAAUGUCAAGUCUUUGAAGAAUGCUGUUUGGAGAAGUCAGGAACACAAUGGUGGUAAAUUUACCUCUGAAAACAAGGAAAAUGCAUCUCAACAAGAGAGCGACAACCCUAAUGAGGAGGAGGUCUACUUUAUGUUUUCUGCCUUGUUGCGUAUUGUUAAGAGUCCAUUCUGGUUCUUCUCUUCCGUAUGGGAAUGCUUGACCACUCAUAUCCACUUCCCAAUGGCAAGCACUAGUAUUGUGUUGAAUUCCAUUGUUCUCUAUGUGUUUGGUAUUGGUGCUGUAUACAUGUUGAUUUGUUGGGUGGGUGUUUGGGGUCUCAUCAAGUUUUACUUGGCUCCCUUGACUGCCUUCCACUUGAUUAAUUCCAUUCUUAUGAAAAUGAAUGAAAGAAUUCCUUUGGAGAGCAAGGAUGGAAAGAAUGAACAACAACAACAACAACAACAACAGAAAACAGCAACUAGUGCAACAAAGGCUCUCCUUUCACUUCCUUCCACUGUGUUGGAAUUUCUCACUCAUUACUCAUUGAGUCAUUACAAAAUUUCGAUCAAAUGGUAUCAGCAAUUCCAUGACAUAUCAAACACUGAGUCAAAGAUCGAUUCUGAACCAUCCUUCUCUCUUCUUGCCAAGUUAUCCAAUUCCAUUCCAUUCUAUCAUUGGGCCAGUGCAAGAGCUUUAUUGGAAGAAAAGCUCUCCACGCCUAACAAACAAGGACAAUCAACAGCUAAAACUCUCAAUCUUACUCAAGUUGCUCGUCAUGGAACCUUCUCUGAUUUCUUUUCUAUUUUGUCACUUAAGGGAGGAAAUUCGACUCAUCCUGUGACAUAUUCUGAAUUGGUGGAUUAUUUGGAUUUACGUAAUAUUGAUUAUUUGAUUUCUAUUUACUUGAUUGGAUCCAUUGUUGGUUCUAUCUAUGGCAUUCUUGCAUGUCCUUUCAAUUGGAAAACUUACUUAUUGGCUUGGAUUGGACAAUACUCAGCAGGUAUUGGUAUCUCCACAGGUUAUCAUCCUUUCUUUGCCCAUCUUUCAUGCGAAGCAGUAUGGCCUGUUCGUUUAUUGAUUUUAAUUAUUGGUGCAGCAAGUUUUCAAGGAAGUGCCAUUCAGUGGAGUAGCGAUCAUAGACGUCAUCAUAAAUAUAUUGACACUGACAAGGACCCAUACAAUAUUAAGAAGAGUUUCUUUUAUGCUCAUAUGGGAUGGUUGAUGAAGACUCGUCCUGUGGAUUAUUCAAACGUUCCGGAUUUGACAAGUGAUCCAAUGUGUGUAUUCCAACACAAGUAUUAUCUUUGGUUUGCUAUUUUAACUGGAUAUAUUGUUCCAACCAUAAUUGCUGGAUUUGCAUGGGGUGAUUGGAUGGGAGGUUUUUGGAUUGGAGGAGUACUUUCAAAGACUUGGCUACAACAUUGCACUUUCUUUAUCAACUCUCUGGCUCACACAUGGGGAGACGCCACCUUCAAUGAUGACCACACUGCUCGUGAUAGUUAUAUUGUCAGCUUGUUGACAUUUGGAGAAGGAUAUCACAAUUUCCAUCACACUUUUGCUUAUGACUACAGAAAUGGUGUGAGAUGGUACCAUUAUGAUCCUGGAAAGUGGAUUAUUUACACUUUGAGUUUGUUUGGAUGGACCUACAAUUUGAGAAGAUGCGACGAUGAACAUUACGAGAAGGGCAGAAUUGUGAUGAGACAAAAACAAAUUGAUAUGAAGAGAGAAAAAAUUGAUGAGAUAAUCAGACAAAGAAAGGCUAAAUAA